GAUCAGUCGGGCACACGCUGGUCUGGAGGAGCUGGGCUCUAGCUGGCAGGAGUUCGUGGAAACUUAAGCUCCAUAAAAAGCCAAGAUGACUUCGACAAAUAUGUUUCAGGGGCUGGAUACCGGAGCGAAGCCGAGCUCCAGGGUGUUGAGGCCUCCUGGAGGUGGGUCUAGUAAUCUUUUUGGUGGAUAUGAAGAGGAUGCCUCAGCUCAAAGAAAGCCCAACAAGAUGGCCUCUUCAGUGUUUGCUCCUCCUGAAGAGCCUCAAAGUUCUGCCAAACGCUCAAACCCUCCAGGGGGGAAGAGUAGUAAUAUAUUUGGCCAACCUGAACCUCCAGCUCGGCCUCAGAAACCUAUACCUCCAGGUGGACCCACAAGUGGUAACAUAUUUGGGUCAGCAGACUCUACACCAGUCCAAAGCCCCAGUCGGGGCCACCCCAAUAAGCCAAAGGACAAUUUAACAGUCGGACCAGAGUCACCAGCACCUGAGCCCAUUGUGAGCCAGCCUGAGGUAAAGGUAGAAGCCCCAGCACCAGAGCCAGCCAAAGAGGUGUCUCCUGUCUCAUCUGCACCUGAGCCAAAGACGACUGCCCCCGCUGAGACUGAAGCCUCCCAGAAGAACCAUGAGCCCCAUCUCGGACCCAUACCCCGCUCCCAUAACAGGGUCCUCAAUCCCCCAGGAGGAAAGUCCAGCGUUGUGUUCUAUUGAUUGCCUCUGAAUUCACCGCUCCUGCCUGAUUGUUUGUCUGUAACUUUCUUUCAUUCCAACGUCCAACUCCCAACGGUUAUCUCAUCUUAACAUCGCAGGAGUUUUACCUUUUUCUGUGUUUGCCUCAACCGCUCGCACUUAACUCUGUUAAUAAGGCCUUGUUCAUUAAUAAUGUGUAAGCAGCAGCAGCAGCAGCCUAUCAUUCAGUACAGCUGUGCUCUCAAUCAGAUCCACAGCUGUCAUGAUUAAAUGGUUUUGUAAGAGUAUCCAGUUGAUUGUUAAAGGAUAUUCAAUUUUGCCUUUUUAAGAUUUCCGAAUGCUGAAUAUUCCGAUAUUCUAGAUUGAAAACUAUAUUCAUUUAUAGUAAUUCACAUAUUUUAGCCAGUGGCCUUACUAAAACAUCAAUGUACUCCCUUUUGAUUAUACUGUAGAUUAAAACGACCGAUGGAGCAGAAUGUUUGUUAAAAGAAAAGCCAAAAAUCAAAGAGACAAAUCAAUUGCGUUCAACUGUCAAACAAUUCCACUUGUAAUAUUUUAUCUGAAUAUAUUGUGCAGGUAGUUUUCUGCUUUGUUCUCAUUGCUUCAUGUUGUAAAAGUAAGUUCUUGCGUGCGGUAGGCCUUUGUUUAUGUUUUAAAUUAAAACGACAGAAGACAGUGCUUUAACUCCCCCUGAUAUCCAGUGAACUUUCUAUUCAUCCCCACAGACUGUAUUACUUUUUUUUUGGGUGCUACCUUGUCCAGUAGUGUUUGUAUGGCCAGCAAUGAACACAGCAGAAAGAAUCCUGUAAGUUGCAAUAAAGUUGUUGUGAAUUUUGA